AUGAAUAUUAAAAACACGAAAAAUGAAGAAGUCGACACUUUUUGGAAAAAACAGCUAGACGAGAUAAAUAACAUGAGUUUAGAAGAAUUAAAAACACAUCAUUUACCAAUAUCUAGAAUAAAAAAAAUUAUGAAAGAAGAUGAUGAGAUAAAAAGUAACCAAAUGGUGUCAGCUGAUACACCUGUAUUAUUAGCAAAGGCAUGUGAAUUAUUUAUUAUGGAGUUGACUAGCUAUGCAUGGAAGUACACUGAAGAAAGUAAAAGAAGAACAUUACAAAGACAAGAUGUUAUUGCAGCUGCUUGUAAAAAAGAUAUAUUCGAUUUUUUAAUUGACUUAAUACCAAUAGAAGACCGAAUUAAAAACAUCAAUUUAAAUAUGAAAGGGAUAACAAAAAAAAACAGUGGCAAGAUUAAUUUUGAUGUGGUAAAGCAGUAUUAUAACCAAUAUACUCCAUCUUGUACUGAUAGAAAUAGUAUCGGUACACAUGUUGCAAAUACCUUGGCUACUUCCAACACGGUUAAUACGAUAAACACGAUAAACACGAUCAACACGACUAAUACGACUAACUCGGCCUACACUUCUAACACUGCUAACAUCAAUAGCCCUUAUAACAACUGCUCAAACAAUUUUAGUUCCAUAUAUAGGAUAAACGACUCAGAUAACGCAAUGAAUUACCCCGUUAACUUUCCAAGUAAUUUACUUAUGAGUUUGAGUCAGAGCAACCAUUUUUUCGAGGAUAAUUCUAACCCAAACCAUAAUAGCAAUAACAGUUAUAAUAUCAAUAAUAGUAUGAACUAUGGUGUAACAAACAGAGGAAAUCAUAGCGGAAAUAUUAAUGGCAAUAAUAGCGGCAACAUGAGCUGCAAUAUGAGCGGAAGUAUUAGCGGGAGUAUGAACGGAAGUAUGAACGGAAGUGUUAGCGGAAAUAAUAGUGGUAGUAAUGGUGGUCGUUAUAGUGAUCGAAAUAGUGCUAAUAAUAGCAGAAACAGCCUUUCCAUGUACGAUAUUAACGCGAUUGCAAAGUACAACCGAGGUACCCCAUCCAGCAAUAAUAACAACUUUUCAAUGGAUGAGAUUUUUAGUAAUAACAAUAUGGAGCAUAUGAACUUUAACAACUAUGCAAUUAAUAACAGUAAGAAUAGACAAUAUAAAGAAGAUAUGGUGAAAAAUAAUAUGCUAAGUGAAUCUGGUGAUAUUAGUAAUGAAAUAUUUCAAAAUAUACAAGCUAGUAGAACUAUAAAUAUACCAAGUACAAUGCAAAAUAAAGAUUUUCAUCAUAGGAACAAUACGACGUAUAAAAAGAUACAACAAAUAAAUAAUAAAAUUUGUUAUCCUAUGAAUACAACUGUUCCAGGAGAAGGUAAUAAUCACAAUUCUAAUGGGAACUCCAAUAUGAAUAUAAGUAUGUCGUACAAUGAAUUUAACGAUGAAAUGAAAAAAGAAAAUUUUCACUCCAGUGAACAAGCAAUACAAGAUAUGUACAUGCAUGAUAUAAGUUCAAGUUUUCAAAGAUAUCCAUCUGUAAAAACUGAUGAUAAAGCUACUGAUGAUUACAAAUUACAACAGGGGUAUACAUACAAUUAUCAUAAUAGUGCCAACAAAAUAAACAGCAAUUUAAUUAGCGCCAUCUCAAAUAAUAAUUUAAUUGAUAACUUAAAUAAUGGUCUAGUUAACAUCCCAUCGAAGAACUGUAUAGUUAACACUCCCACAAAUAACAACCUUAUUAGAAAUACUCAAAAUAUUAAUAUAAAUGAAAACAUUCCCAGAGUUAUAUCAGCAUGUUCCCCUUCUUUUGACCUAAAGAAUAACACGAAUAUGGACGUGUCAAAAAUGAUAACUAACAGGGUACCAAAUAAUGAGAUGAAAAAUAAUUUUAAUAAAAAUAAUAAUUCUCAUAAUAAUAUGAUUAAACAAAAUAAUAUUACCUUAAAUGAGUAUAGCAAUAUUGCGAAUAAUAUGCAAGGAAAUUUUAAAAAUGAUAUGAUGAAUAUGAACUUCUUAUCUGCUAAAUCAAAUAGAGACUUAAACAAAGACAUGUUAAAUAAUUAUUUUAAAAUGAAUUACAACAACCCAACAGCUACUAGCACUACCACUUCUACAGCUGCCACUACUACAACAAAUGUUAACAGUCAAAGUGGUUACAGCAAUCAUGCUAGUCACAGCAGUCUCAGUAGUCACAAGAACCAGAGCAGUCAAAGUAAUCACAGCAAUCAUAGCAAUCGCAACACUCAAAAUAGUCAUAGUAAUCGAGGUAGUCAUAACAAUCGAAACAGUCAUCAUAACCACAAGUUAAACAACACACAGUCCAGUGAUAACCGAAUAAAAGACGCACUAUUAAAUGAUAUCCUACUGAGUGACAGCCUUCUGACGAAUCAGUUGAAUAACGGACAAAUGAGUAGUAAUCUAUUAAACAGUAACCAGGUCAUUAGCAAACAGUUAAUUAACAAUCAGUUAGUGAUCAAUCCGUUAAGCAAUAAUCAGCUAGCUAAUAACCAGUUAAGCAAUAAUCAGCUAGCUAAUAACCAGUUAAGCAGUAACCAACUAACUAAUAACCAGUUAAGCAGUAACCAACUAACUAAUAACCAAUUAAGCAGUAACCAACUAACUAAUAACCAGUUAAGCAGUAACCAACUAACUAAUAACCAGUUAAGCAGUAACCAACUAACUAAUAACCAGUUAAGCAGUAACCAACUAGCAAAUAACCAAAUAAUUAAUAACAAUCUAGUUAAAAAUCACAUAGUCAAAAGCCAUUUAACUAAUAACCAACUUGUUAAUAACCAAAUGGCAAACAGUCAGAUGACUAAUAACCAAAUGGCUAAUAACCCAAUGAAUCAUCACAUGAAUAAUUCAUUAAACAGUCAUAUGAAUAUUCAUUUAAACAACAAAAUAAAUAACCAAUUAAAAAACCACAUUAAUAGUCAGUUAAAUACUCAACCAAAUUCACAUAUGAGUGCUACAAUGAAUAAACAGCUAACGUCCCUAAUGAAUGAAACUUCUAUGAACAAUAUAAAUGAAAAUAUUAUAAAUGAUAUUAUCAAUAAUUCAGAAACUAGUGUAACCAAAAAUUCUUCAAUAAAUAUAAUUAAUCAAAAUAUCGAUAAUAGCGUUGUACAUAAUCAUUUAAAUAAUAUCAUACCAAAUAUGAAACCAAAUAUACAACAGAAUAUGAAAGUUAAUGUCCAUUCAAAUAUGUAUAUGAACCCUAAUGCACAGAAUGUUCCCUACCAACCUUCGCACAAAUAUGCAAUGCCAGAAAAUAAUUACAUAUGUAAUUAUAACCCGCAACAAUAUCAUAACAAUAAAGUAAAGAAAAAAACGUAUACCUAUUCGUAG